AAUCGGCAUGGCGCCGCCGCACAUCACCACCGGCCCGUCUAUCCCGCCCGUGCCCCCUGCCAUCCCCUGCGCUCCCCCUCCCACGUCGCGCUCCCAGACGCGCAAUCCCCUGCAGGUGGACUCGGCCGGACACUGCUUCAUGGAGCACAUCUUCAAGAAGCCCACCUUCUGCGACGUUUGCAACCACAUGAUCGUAGGUACCACAGCCAAGCAUGUGGUGUUCCUGGCGGGCAACACGGCGAAGCACGGCCUGCGCUGCAAAGCCUGCAAGAUGAGCCUCCACCACAAGUGCGAGAACGGCGUCGGGCAGCAGCGCUGCAUGGGCAAGCUGCCAAAAGGUUUCCGGCGGUACUACAGCUCACCGUUACUGAUCCAGGAACAGUACGGCUGCAUCAAAGAAGUCAUGCCCAUCGCUUGUGGUAAUAAAGUAGACCCCGUCUAUGAGGCCCUCAGGUUUGGGACAUCGUUGGCUCAAAAGGCCAAACGAGCCAGUGGCUCUGAGUCGCCACAAAGAAACUCGACCAGUGACUUGGAUAACGUUCCGGAGGAAGUGGUGGCUCAUGGCAGCAGACAGGCACUGUCAAGAAAACACAGCGAUGAUGUUUUCACAGUUCUUGAGAACGGGGCUGAGCACUACUACCAUCAGCCAGAGAGAACGCCCAACAAUUCAGAGCUGGAAGACAGCCAGCUUCACCAAGAUGCACUCCAGCUCAACACCUACGUGGCCUUGUACAGCUUUACUGCCCAGGAGAGCCAUGACCUGGAGAUGAGGGCGGGAGACCGGAUAUUGCUUAUUGAUGAAUCCAAUGAUGAUUGGUGGAAGGGGGUGAUUGAGGACAGGAUCGGUUUCUUCCCGGCAUCCUUUGCACAUCAAUUGCGGACGGGAGACCAGGUUUUUAGGUGCAACAGGACGUUCAUCGGCUGCAGGGAGCAGGGCCAGAUUACGCUAAAGGAGGGACAGAUUUGCGUGAGCAGUGAGGAUGAAGGCAACGGUUUCAUCAGGGUGGCGAGUGGCAAGAAGCGAGGCUUCGUGCCCUGUGACGUCCUCGACAUCAUCUGAGGAGGAUGACAGGAAAGCGAAGGCGGCAUCCACCGGCCCCUGAGGGCAGACAAGGUCGACGCUACGGACUGCUUAUGAGGCGGGGGGGCUGCUGAUGUCCUAAUUUCAACGGUGGACGAGAAACAGAACACACACACAC